UUUGAUUGUGCGACAGGCCGCGGCGCGAGCGGGGCCUCACACACAACUAAGGAAAAAACGGUGUGACACGAGAUAACGGGCGUGGAUAGACACGGAACCACGAGACCACCGCGCACCGGCUCCCACAGUAACGGCCGAACACACGAGGACAGACCGGCGGCUUGAGACGGCGCCGAAGACACAGAAAAACUAGUCGCCGUGCAUGUGCUGGAGCGGUUUGUUGGCAGUAGCUAACGUAAGCUAACCAUCGUUAGCAGGCUAGCCAGCUUUUGUAAUCCGCCGGCCAGACACACGUUCGUCCACCUCAAACCAGGCCGACAUCGGGAUUCAAGUCGGGCCGCACAUCAGCCGAGAGGACAAAGAAGGCACCGGCGGUGGCAGGAGGCUGGUUCUGGGGGCGAGGCCAGAGGACCAGACUCAAUGAGUUUCAAGCGAAAUGUCCGAGAAGUCAGGGCAAAGCACCAAGGCAAAGGAUGGCAAAACAAAGUAUGCAACCCUUAGCCUCUUCAACACCUACAAGGGCAAAUCUCUGGAAACCCAGAAAACUGCAGUGGCUGCUAGACAUGGGCUCCAAAGUUUGGGCAAAGUUGCUGCCAGCCGGCGCAUGCCCCCUCCGGCCAACCUGCCCAGUCUGAAGGCAGAGAACAAGGGAAACGACCCCAACGUCAACAUCGUCCCCAAAGACGGUAGUGGCUGGGCAUCUCGACCUGAGGGAGCGGAGGAGAGGCAAUCGGAAACACCGCCACCCCCGAUCAAACCACCAGUGAUCCCGCCACCAGAGCCGUCUCUUGCGGCCAGCCGCUCCUGGGCCAACAGCAAGCCGACGCAGCCAGAGGGUGCCCCUCGCGUGAGCAGCCAUUUUCAACAGGAGUUUCCCAGCUUGCAGGCGGCUGGUGAGGCGGAGAAAGGGGACGAGCAGGAAGAGGAGCCUUAUGGACCAGGCCCCAGCCUCAGACCUCAAAAUGUUGGCAGUUGGCGUGAGGGUGGAGGCAGGAAUUUGAUCACCGCACCCAGCACCCCUGAGAUGGACAACAAGGCUCCGGAGGAGGGUGCUACGGGCCUUGGUACCUCUACACCACCGGGGGAAGCUGAGGAGCCUGGACGAACCGUAACCACUGACGUUCAGAGGGAGAAGAGGGACGGCAGGGAGAAGUUGCCCCCGUCUGCCCCCCCUCUUCAACCUAAACUUAACGGGGGGCAGCAGCCUCCCGCUGGGGUGCCAACUCACUUUGACCCAGCUUUCAGGAGCAUGAUGCCACCCUAUAUGUUCCACGCUUAUCCUCAGAUGACUUCUGCUCCAGGGCAAGCAAACAGAUACCCUGUUCCACAAGACGGAGCGAAGAUGGUGAGGGGUCCUCGUCCAGUACGGCCCCAGCAGGGCCACCCUCAGUCCCGGCACCAGGACCCAGACAGACCCUCUAUCAUCAGCGCAACGGAACUUAAAGAGCUGGACAACUUAGACACCGAUACUGAUGAGGGCUGGGCAGGAGCUCAGAUGGAGGUGGACUACACCGAGAAGCUAAACUUCAGCGAUGAUGAGGAAAACCAUGCUUCUAAGGAGAAAAGAGAAAACUGGGAGUGGAUGGGUAAAGUGGAGCGUAUGCGAUCCCGGCCCCCAGACGGUCAGGAGGGCUGGAAGGAAGGCACUGAGGACCGUGGGGCCAGUAAAACCCCAUGGGCCGAUGGUGAUCCCAGAGCGCCAUCACCUGGCAUUAUGGGGCAGUACAAUAAGUCAGCUGCCCCACAGGACUACCAGGGCGCCAGUCGUUCUGUCGGUGGCGGAGCCCAACGUGUGACCAAACCACAGGCUGCAGCAGCACCCGGUGCCGACGAGGACCCUGAAGCCUGGCGACAGAAGCGCAAGAAGCCUCAAGAAGUUUCUGAAGCCGUAGAGCGAGCGAGGCGGCGGAGGGACGAAGAGGAACGGCGGAUGGAAGAACAGCGGCUCGCCGCUUGCGCUGAAAAACUUAAACGUCUCAAUGAAAAACACCGCCCGGCGAAUGAGAGCAAAUCUCCUCUUCCUCCGACCACCAAUGAUGAAGAGGAAGCUGUCCAAGAGGAAGAGUCCUCAUCAGCUCCCGCUCGUGUAUCCAGUCCAGAACCUUCGAUCCCAGUUUCACAAUCGCAGGUCCCGAUCGUGGAAGCUCCUGUAGCCGAGAUGGUGGACCAAGACGAGGAGAGGGUGGAGCGAGAACUAGAGAGCGUAGAACCAACUGUAGAGGAGGAGGAGGAGGAGGUGCUCUUGCCUCGUCAGCCCAGCCCCCCCGUCCAGAUACCUGUGGCCGUAGCUCCAGAGCCUGUGAGCGAGGAAGAGAGCUCCUCGGUUGAGGUCGUCCCGCUGAUGGAGGAGAACCAGGUAGACGGGACAACAGUGCCUAUCCGAGACUAUUUCAACAUAGAGGACAACAGAGUGGAUGAGCCCCACCUGUCUCUGCCUCACAUGGACACCCCCAGUGGUGAGGAAGUCCCUGUGGCACCACCACAGCUGGAAGGAGAAGCAGCAGCUGCUAUGCGUCCCUCUCUUACCUCAGGCUAUUCCAAACAGUUUCAGAAGUCUUUACCGCCUCGUUUCCUCCGACAGCAGGAGCAGAUGAAGCAGCAACAAUGGCAACAACAGCAGCACCAGAGUGGGGGCUCUGUGUCUCCCUCAGGUGGUGCUGGUGGUGGUGGUGGCGGCAGCGGCGGCAUUCCAGCUCCGCAGCAGCAACAACACCGCUCCAUGUAUCAGCCCAUCGGCCCCCACCACCAGCACCUGGCCUCCAUGGGGUUUGACCCCCGCUGGCUCAUGAUGCAGUCCUACAUGGACCCCCGCAUAAUGUCGGGACGUCCUCCCAUGGACAUGCCAACUAACAUUCACCCCGGGAGAAUGCCUCCUAAGCAGAUUGUGCGCAGAGAGCCUGGUGACAACUCCAGCUCCAGCUCUGACUCCUUCGACCAUUUGACCCGACCAAUCCGUGACCACGGCCUGCCGUCAGACUCGCGCAUGGUUUGGGGAUCGGACCCGUACCCACAGUCGGAGACGCUACCGUCUGUAACUCCCCCAAAAGGACGGGAUGAUAACAAGGAGCCGAGGAUGGACUCUGCUUUGGAUCUGGACCGGGGUCUCCCAGCGAUGUAUCCCCAGGACCACAGUGCAUUGGACUCUAAUAAAAGUAACUUCUUCCAGGACCCUACAGAGUCCCUGUCAGCGUUUACCCAGGACCCAGAGGACCCGCCAGGGCCUCUAGACGGCGUCCCCGUAGGCUCAGCCUUUGAUGCUGAGGAGCCGGGCCUACCCAGUGGGGAAGAGGUAGAAGCUCUUGGUCAGGCUAUGCUCCAGAGGAGUGUCUCCCAGGGCUCCAGCCACUCCCUCAAGCUGGAUGAGCCCAUGUUUGAUGGGCUAUCCCUGGGUACGAAAUCUCUAGAGCUACAGGACACGGGAGAACAGGCUGAUGAUAAGCCCCAGAAUGAACUCUACCCCCAAGCUGUGGUGACUAGCAACAGGGCUACACCUCCUGCUGAUGGAUUACACAAACAAGAGAAGCUGCCUCUGCCAGCUUCUAGCAAGCAGAAAGCUGAGCUGCGCUGGGCUGCUAGAUCAGGCGCCGGACGCAGAGAAGGACCAGGGGGAGAGAGACCUGUCCGCAGGUCUGGGCCAAUAAAGAAGCCUGUCCUAAGGGACAUGAAAGAAGAGCGAGAACAAAGAGAAGAGAGAGAGAAGCGUCACGAGAGAGGGGAAAGAGGGGAGAGACUGGAAAGAGGGGAGAGACUGGAGAGAGGGGAAAGAGGGGAAAGAGGGGACCGGUCCAAAAAGGAUCAGCCAUCCAAACCUCCUUCUGCAGCUGCUGCUGUGUCUGAGGGCUCCAGACCUCAGGUUGAGGGCAAGAGAGAAGUGGCUGAGGCCGAGGAAACACCGACUGGCCAUCAGAGAGUCAGAGACUCCCAGCCUUCAACUGGGCCUCCCACCUCUUCCUCUCAGGAAGAGAAAGUAGACAAACCGCCCAGCAAUGACAAACACCCGGAACCCAAACUGCCCUCCAGGAAGGAGUCCAAUCUUCCUCCACGUUCCUACCGGCGAGAGGAGAGGGAGCGGGAACGUGAGAGGGAGAAGGAAAUGGACCGAGACAGAGACCGAGACAGAGACAGAGACCGAGACCGAGAUAGAGAGUGGCCUGCCGACCCAAAUUUCAAAGCACGUGGUCGAGGGGAGUAUUACGCCAGAGGACGGAGCUACCGGGGAACUUACGGCGGCCGAAGCAGGGGGGGUCGUGGUCGAAGCCGAGCAGAGUUCAAUUACAGAGAGCCCCGUUCACGCUCUGAUUUACCUUCUGUUGGAGGCGCUGCUGCCUUUCGCAACAGAGAAGAAAGCGAAACGCGCAGCGAGAGCUCAGACUUUGAGGUUAUACCAAAACGUAGACGGCGCCGUGGUUCAGACACAGAUUCUGAAAGUGAAGGUGGGAGAGAGUCUGCCAGUGAUACUGGACCGUCUGACCGUGAGCCGAGCACCAAACCUAGCCAUCCAUUGAGACGAGAGCUCCCUGGGGAGCCCCGGCCUGGGCCCCACAAGCCAGGCUUUGGACCUCCUCACAUGGGGGAAAGAGUUGGACCCAGAGGGGAUGAUGACGGCAGACCCAAGCCAGGAUUCCUCCUGAAAGGAGAGCCUUCUCGGCGAGGAAGAGGAGGAUUAUACAGUAGACGAGGUGGAGCAAGGGAGCGCGGCGGCCCUCGCUCAGGCCCUCUCAGACGGCCAGGAGCUAGAGAGUCCUCUUCUCAGUGGCCCUCUAGACCCAUGGAGACAUUCAGGCCUGAGGACACCGAGUCCACCUCAAGAUAUGACAAUCCUGCAGCUGACCGACGACACCCACGGUCUGAUGGCAAGAGAUUUGGAGACAUGGCUCCCCAGAGUAGUAGAGAAAGGCCUCGUCGGUCCAGACCAGCGCGGCCCCCAAGGCAAGAUAAACCUCCCCGCUUCAGGCGCUUGAAGGAGCGGGAGGCUGCAGUGUUAGCUAAUGGAGAAACAGCCCCAAGUCCUGUCCCUCUACUCCCAGUGCCUGCUGUCUCUAGCUCUGCCCCGGCCCCCAUCUCGUUCUCCCCGACCCGGUCUAGAGCUCCAGGAACCCCGGUCACUGUGCCUGCUGAAGUGGCAGCCACUACGUCAGCAACCGACUUGUCCUCUCCUACGGAUGCACCCUUGCCUGAGACCAGCAGCCCCACCAUUGCUGCAGCCGGCACCAAGUCCCCUGACUUGUCCAACCAGAACUCUUCGGAUCAAGCCAAUGAGGAAUGGGAAACUGCGUCUGAGAGCAGCGACUUCAACGAAAGGAGAGAGCGAGAAGAAAGGAAAGGAGCACUGGAGGCCGCUAAUGAAGCAGCCACUGCCUCGGCCCCGGCUCCUGCACCCCCUCAGGGCUCUUUGACCCCCAAUAGAAGCCCUCCCGAUGGAGGUGUGACUCCAAGACGCGAGGGGGCUCCCGCAGCCAAGAGGAGUUUCUCAAGUCAGAGGCCUACAGAGAGGCAGAAUCGUAGAGGCAACAGCGGAGCCAAACCAAGCCGGAGCUACGCAGGGGGCAAGGGGGAGAGGAGGGGAGGGGCCAAAACCGGCCGCAAGGGCCCUGCGGCCCAGCAGAACUCAGAAGGUGGAGCACAAACAGCUGGGGGAGCGUCCCAGAGGCCUACAAAAGACCAGUCCGGCCGGCGCAAAGAGGAGGCCAAACAGGCCGCUAAGAAGCCCAAAGAGAAUGCUCUCUCUCAGUUUGAUCUCAACAAUUACGCCAGUGUUGUGAUCAUUGAUGACCACCCUGAGGUCACCACCACAGAGGACCCACAGUCCAACACCAACGAUGACGGCUUCACUGAGGUGGUGUCCCGCAAGCAACAGAAACGCCUGCAGGACGAAGAGAAACGGAAAAAGGAAGAGCAGACGCCUCAGAACUGGAGUAAAAAAGGCUCUGGUGAGAAGGGCAGAGGGGGCGGAGGAAAGCUGCCACCAAGAUUUGCUAAAAAGCAGUCAUCGCAGCAGCAACAGCAACAGUCCUCACAGUCUCAGCCUCCUGCAGUCCCUACACCUCAGGCCCCACCACAACCCCUCAUUUCUGCUCCCCAGCAUCCUCACCUCGCCCCCUCCCAGCCCACCGCAUCCCCCCAGACUCUGGAAGGAACAGUGGCUCUACUGCCCUCCAUCCCCGCUGCCACUGUGGACUUUACCUCAAAGAGUUUACCUCCCGCGCCUGCGCAGACGCACAGCACCCUGGGUACAGAGCUGUGGGAGAACAAGGUGGCGGGCUGCACUGUCCUUCCUGAUGUCAAGAAGCUUGGUCCAAUCAGCCCUCCCCAGCCACCUUCUGUGAGUGCCUGGAACAAACCUCUUACCUCCUUUACUGGCGCUGUCACUGAGGGUGUGAAGCCUGGAUCAGAGGGCGGUGUGGAAUUGGCAAUAGACUGUAUUCAGUUUGGAGCGCCGUCGUCUGCAGGCAGCACCGACAGUGAUGGAGUUCCAGCGUUGCUAGAAACAGUCUCUGAAAACAAACUACCUGCUCCCAAAGAACAGAGACAGAAACAACCUCGAGCUGGCCCGAUCAAAACACAGAAGCUUCCUGAAAUGGAACCAAUGGAAACCAAGGAGUACAAGCCAGGUCCCAUUGGUAAAGAGCGCUCUUUAAAGAACCGCAAGGCCAAAGACGCACGUGGAGGAGAAGGGGAGGGGAUGGAGGGAGGAGUCCCUGGAGGAGUUGUCAGUAGAGCCACAGACUCCAGUCCUCCCACCAGUGACACCACAGUACCAGAGCUGGGAGGAGACUUCGAGGGCAUGAUCACAGUCCCCUCAGCGGAGUACAACAGUAACUCUAAGGAGUCUGUCACUGACUACACCACUCCCUCCUCCUCACUGGCUGACAGUGUUCCUACAGGAGUGAACAAAAUAGAAGAGAGUUUGGUGGCAAGUGUGGCGCUACCGCACUCAUUGCCACUUCCUCGACGAGAGACCCUGCAGCAGAGCUCCAGCCUUAGCACCGUCUCUCCCGCUACCGUUGACCUAACACUGAAGAUGGAAUCGGCUCGUAAGGCGUGGGAGAACUCCCCGAGUCUGGAGAAGAACUCUCCGGCCACUUCCUCUUCCUCCCCCAUCACCUCAUGUGCGUCCUCGUACUCCACCUUCUCCUCCGCCUCCAUGCCGCAGAUCCCCGUGGCUUCUGUCACCCCCAGCACCUCACUGUCAGGUGCUGGCACCUAUACGACGUCAUCGCUCAGCACCAAGACCACCACGGCCUCUGACCCCCCCAACAUAUGCAAGGUGAAGCCCCAGCAGCUGCAGGGUGGAAGUCUGUCCUCCAGCAGUAGCAGCAGCAGCAGCAGCUUCUCUCAGCUGGGCUGCGUGCCGACCCUCCUGGCCCAGCAGCAGCAGACCCCACAGGUGUACGUCUCUCAGUCUGCAGCAGGUUCUGCAGCUCAGAUUCCAGCCUUCUACAUGGACACUAGCCACCUCUUCAGUACCCCCCACCCUCGCUUGGCUCCUCCCUCCCUGGCGCAGCAGCAGGGCUUCCAGCCCGGCAUCUCACAGGCGACAGCAGUGCAGCAGAUUCCCAUCCCUAUCUACGCUCCACUGCAAGGUCAGCCGCAGCACCAACACCAACACCAACACCAGCCGCAGCACCAACACCAACACCAACAUCAGCCGCAGCACCAACACCAACAUCAGCCGCAGCAUCAACACCAACAUCAGCACCAACACCAACAUCAGCAUCAACACCAACACCAACACACACAUCAGGCUCAGCUCGGACUCAGUGCUGGUCCCCCAGUCUCCCAGCAACAGGACCUGUUCAGCUCCUCACUGCAGCCUUACAGGUCUCAGCAGGCGUUCAUGCAGAGCAGCCUGUCGCAGCCCUCCAUGAUGCUGUCGGGGCCGUCGCUGCACAGCUAUGCCGGCGUCCAGGCGUCUGAGCUCGGCAAGCCUCAGUCUAGUCUGGCCUAUCAGCAGGCCUCCUCCACCCAGCACAUUCCCAUUAUGUUUGAGCCGCAGCUCAACCAGCCCUCUGGCAUGGGAGGCUCCCAGCUCAUUGACACGCACCUGCUGCAGGUAACCAGUCUGCACAAAGGAUCUGUCCCACUCAGCCUCAUGGCCCGACAGGGGAUGAGUCAGCAUUCUAACAUGUACUCGGGACAGGUGCAACAACACGGCCAGAGUAGCUACUACAGCAACACCCAGUCGCCCAGCUCUGCAAUGCAGCAGAUGACGGUCUCAAUGCCCAGCUCCCAGCUGUCCCUGUCUAACUUUGGCUCGGGUGGAGGCCAGCCCCUCCUGGCGCUGCCUCCCACUCCUCCCCAGGCCCAGCCCCCCAACAUCAACCGGCAGCCCCCGGUCUCCCAGCCAUACCGAGGCAUCAUGGGCCCCAACCACAGCAUGAUGCAGCCUCCGACCAGCAAGUUUUUGUGUGUGGACACUUUGCAGAUGGACAUGGAUCUGAAACUCUUUGGCAGUGGGAUGGAUGUGAAGCCCGGAACCCCUCCUAUCGGCGCCCGGAGCACCACGCCCACCUCCAGCCAUUACAGAGCGAGCUCCACGUCUCCCAGCAGCCAGUCCAGUAAGAUCAACAGCAUGCUGUACCAGAAGCAGUUCCAGGCUAGCUCUGCCGGCAUGAGGAUGGCGCAGCACUUCCCUGGCCAGUUCAACCCACAGAUUCUGUCUCAGCCCAACAUCGUGUCUCCUCUGGUUCGACCUCCUCACGUUAACUCGUUUGCUGGAGGCAUCCAGCGCUCUCCCAUGGGCCCCCCGAUGUCGCCCAAUAUGGGAGGUGGUCUCAUGCCCCAUCCCCGCCCUCUGCACCCUCAGCACCCACAGCACAGCCAGCACCCUCCCAGAGGACCUCCCGGUCCCUCGCUUGCUCCCAGAGGCACACAGGCGGCUAUGAAGGCUGAGCAGGACCUAAAGGCAAAGCAGCGGGCCGAGGUGCUCCAGGCCACUCAUAAGUUCUUCUCGGAGCAGCAGCAGCUCAAGGCCGCCCCGCAAGUCAGCAAAGUGUCGCGGCUCGAUCAGGGGGGGAAACCCCCGCUCGACGCCUCCGCCCCAAUCCACCAGGCCAUGGGCGAACGCCCGGAUCCCGACAAACCUCCCAUCUCCUCGGCCAAGCCCGUCCGGACUGGCCCCAUAAAACCGCAGGCCAUCAAACCAGAAGAGGGCAAGUAAAGAGCGGCGGAACCCUCUUCAGAUGACAAUAUGAAUGGAUGGGAGAGAGAGGAUCGAGCACCUUUCACUCAGUCGCCGCCUCAUAUCAGCCCUGGGGGGGGACAGUGGGGGGGGGGGGGGGGGGGGGGGGGGGGGGGGGGGGGGGUGCGAGUUAAUGGUGGAGGAGGCACUGUCCCGCCUACACAUAAUCCUCCUCCUUUCUUCCCCUAUCUUGUCCCACUGUAGGUGGCGGCGUUUUGAGUCCAUCGUAUUUAGAAGCCGAUUUAAAAUGGCUGCACAAGUUGUUCCACAGAGAUCUACUCAGACGGUAGAUCGGAGGAGAGUUGGAAAGAAAAUUCGAAAAUGAGAUUUGCUGCUGAGUUUGCCUUUUUUUUCUUUUUUUUUUUU